GGCCACGGGAAUGAUGCUGGGGGCACCGGUGGGAUGCGGGACGGGGCAGUAAGCGGGGGCCGGCGAGCGGAGCAGCCCCGCCCCGUGCACUGGCCACGCCCCCCCGGUGGCGGCCCGGCACCUCCCGCCGCCGCCCGGGCGCAGGCAGCGGAGCGACGGGUUCGGACUUGGGGCAGGGCGGCUCGGACGACUCCGCUAUGGUGGGUCGACUCAGCUUGCGGGAGGUGCCCGACCUCCCGGACAUGAGGAAACGGGGCGACUCGGGGCUCGACAGCCCCGACUCCGGGCUGCCCCCCAGCCCCGGGCCCGUCCCCUCGCCCUGGCUCCUCUCCUCCGGCAGCCCUGACCGCGCCGCAGCCAACGGGCUGCCGGAGCCCGACCCGCCCGCGCCCGCCGCCGCGCACUCUGUGUUCUCCCCCAGCCCUGUUCUCUCCAGCUGCCCUCCAAGAUUGUGUCCUUUAUCCUUUGGCGAAGGAGUUGAGUUUGACCCUGUACCAGCCAAGGAAAUAAGGUACACCUCCUCAGUUAGAUACGACUCAGAGAAGCACUUCAUCGACGACGUCUAUAUGCCGGUGGGCUUCAGCGUCUCCUCCUGCAGCCAGACGGUCAUCUGUGUCCCAGACUGCACCUGGCGCAAUUACAAAGCAGAGCUCCACCUGGAGCCCCGCAACAAGCCCCAGCGCUUCACCAGCACCACCAUCGUCUACCCGAAGCACGCCAAGACUGUGUACACCACCAGGCUGGAUUACAACUGUCGUAAGAGCACGCGGCGGUUCCUCUCCAGCGUCGAGCUGGAAACAUCAGAGUGCCUUGGCAACGACUGCGUCCUGGAUGGGUGCUGACUGGUAGCCACCUCACUUGCUCUGAUCCAUCCCGGUCCCAUCUCACACACUGUGCUAACUCUCCACUCCCCGAAGUGGGUGCAGACCCUAACUCUCUGGCCAGGCUAAGGGAACCUUACCUGUCACCACCUCUUUCUCAGCUCUUAAUUCCUGCUUUAAGUAUCAGAAUGUCCUGAAUGUGGUUUUCUGUGGGAACAUAACUUAGUAAGGAACUCCUUUCUUCACCUUUUGAAGUCCUAAGUGCCCUCCCCUUCCCCACAGUGCAGUAGUCAGAUGAAAAUAACUGGAAGUAUUCUCCCAGAGGAAAAAUGGACAGGUAAGAAGGAAUGUGGAGUGGUGCCUGGCAGGUGGAAGUCCAUUUGAUGCUUCGUGAUGAUGUGCAAAAAAAGGCUGGUUUGCUGUCUUGCAGUGAAUUGACCCCACCAGGUUAAUUGGUUACAGAUAGCCAGAGCUGUUCUUCAUUUCGGUUUAGAUCAGGAGACUGCUUUCUCCAGAAGAACUAUCUCCUGGGAACUGCUGGGGAAAAAAAAGAACAGCAGAAAAAUCUGGAAAUCUGUAUUUAACAGAUGCAUAAAUGCAGCUUUCACAUCCGCAUUUGAAGAUGUGAGUUGGGAAGAGAAGCAGGUUUGCAGCUCCAGGCAGCAGAGAAAGGAUCAAGUAAUUCUUUAGAUGAAUGGCACGAUGCAUCUUCCCUGCUUACGGUGGCUGCUGCAGCACUGCAGGCUGUGUGAGACACUGGCACCUGUGUGCGUGUGGUAGGGCUUGUAAUGAAGAAUGCCAGGCCAAAAAUUGUCCUUGUGUUGUUGGACAGUUAGGUGCAUGGCGGUGGAAAACUACCAGUGCCCAGUUUAUCCUGACACUGUACUCUCUGCACUAAGGGAGCUGUAACUAGGAACGCUUCAGAAAAUACCCCCUGUCUACAACAGGGACCUGAAGUGGAGGAGGAGAUGCUUGGGACCGGGUGGGAGAUGCUGUUGUGGGAGUUGUGAAGAGUGGGUGGUGGUGAAGGACGUUUUGGUUCCAUAGCAAAAUUCACAGCUGCAGCUUCUCAUUGCACAGGUACUUUCUGGACUUUGGUAUUCAGGAUGUCACUGGAAUGGGGAAGCAUAUAUCUGUUUGUAGGCUGCUGAAUAACCUCUCCAGUCCCAAGUGCAUGAUGAGUUAGGGACCAAAGGGAAUAAUUUCAGAUAUUAUGGAAGUCCAUCUGGGUGUUACAUGCAUUAGUUUGUGUGCUUUGAUGAAGAUAAGGUGUAGAGGUUUUGUCCUUGACCCAUGUGGUUUUUCUAUAUUGUCAGGGAGCAGUGCAGUGCGGAGAGCAUCCACUUUGGGAGUGUGCCUUGCCUUGGUGCUUAGUGUGAUGUAGCAGCUCAGAAACAUUUGAUAGACUUCACUUAGCUGGACACAGCUUUUCCAUGUAUUCCAAAACACCUCUGAGGUGUAGGUCACCUUCUGAUGCAGCAUUGGCCCUGGACCUACUUUUUAAGAGGACUUUGCUAGUGCAUAGCCCAAAGGGUGAAUUUUGUGAGUGGCAAGUAAAACUCGGGAGGCUGUUCUUGAGCUGUCCUUAAUGUGUGUUUGUGCAAGUGUGAUGAUGGAAGAGUGUGAAAGUGCACACAAUGUGAGAACAGAAAUGGUAUGGGAGACUGAAAAUGCAGCAGGAAGGAAGGUUCGAGUCUGUGUAGUUCAGGGGUUUUGUUGUUUUGGUUUUUUACUUAUUUAUUAGCUCAGAACAGAACAUCCUUAAUCUUUGCACUUGCUUCAGGAAACCAGAUCCUAAAACAAUCCUCAAAAAACCCGACAAACAACAGAGUCCAAAAUCAGAUGCUAAAGCAGGGUGACAGAAGAUGCCAGACUUGGGCAGGCCUUGCGCCAGAGUUGGUAAGAGCAGUGUGGUCUUCUCGUUACACACAUUGGUUUCAGACUACAGUGCUUAGGAGUUGUGCCUUAAAUUCAUGUUGCAAUUCUCCCGUGAACAUUACCCCAAGAUCUGCUUGUGGUGUAACAGACUUGUGAAAGGCACAACUCUGCCCCUAAGUGUGGGGUUUCAAGUGGGCAGAACUCUUCUUUGGGAAAGCUGUUGCCUCAUUGCUGGCUUCACCAUUUCAUGUACCUUGCUCCUGAAACAUCUGGUGCUGGCCACUGUUGGACACAGGAUGCUGGAAGAACACGGACCCAGGACUGCUCCGACAAUGCUCUUUCACUGAAUUCAUUUGCAGAUCUAAGAGAUGAUGAUUUUAAGUAGUAGUCAUUAAUUGUCCCUAGUUAGACAUGAAGUGCCCCUUACUAUGGUUUUAGGAUGAAACACCUGAUUUUUGUAAGGCAAACAAACUUAACUAUGUACCUUUUAAAGAUACUUUCAUUGGUAGAGAUACCUUUUAAAUUAUUUAGGUUCCAGCAUUUGCAAAGCUCAUGUUUAGCUCUGCGCAAGUGUUCUGAUGUCUGUGACAUUUCCCACCUUCCCCUUUUGAAUUUUCAAUUUGUCUUUUACUUUAUUGGUAAUAAAUGAUCUGAAAACCA